AUAGUUCAGACACAUAAAUUUGACAAACAGGCUUUAGGUGCACAAAAGCUAAGAUGAUGAACAAGGACUCAGCUCGACGCGUCUGAGGCUCUGAAGAUAAACAUUUUUGCUUUAAAAGUAUUAUAAACACUUCUUAAGGGGAAUCAUGGACUAUAUAAGAGAUUUAUAAAUUAAGGUAAUGUUUGAUUUUGGAAAGAGCAGACUUUGCUCAGUACAAAUGCGACAAAGCGAUUGCGCGUAAGUUUGAAGGUGCGAGUGCUUUACGCAGACGCCAGAGAUGAUUGCCAAAGCGUGCGUGUCAGGAUGCUUUAUUAUGCUCACAUUAAUGACACAUCACACUCACAGCAUUGACACAGUGAAUGUUGUAGACUUCUGUGGACAAACGAUACAGGGCGAUGGCAUGAUCGUAAAAUCCCACCAGGAGUCCCGGAAGUACUACUUUGUAUCCAUGGGAACAGAUUGCCACAUCACCAUGCAGUCCGCCACACCCCGGGACAAGGUGCAAUUCUACUUCCGUUUCUUCUUGGUCUACAGCUUGCUAAGGGUGUCACCUCACAGCCCCGCACCCCUCAUCCCAGAAUCACCCAGGGGGUCUUCGUCAUCCGGUCCGACGCGGCCUGAUCUAAGCAUGGAACCAACGACAGAGGAGGGACAGGAGGACCCUUGCCAUGCCGGCUCUUACAUCCAAUUCUACGAUGGGAGGGAUAAAUCUGCACCCCCUAUAGGCCCAGCGCUCUGUGGGAAGAGCCCUCCCCGACCGGUGUUGUCAACUGGCAACUUUUUAACGUUACGUCUGGUGACCAGAGGAAAGCAGCCAAGGGUGGACUUUGUAGGAGACUUCACCUCAUUUAGGCUUGGUUUCAACCAAUCAGAGUGCAGCGGAGAGCCUUACUUCAAUUGCCGAAAUGGGAAGUGCAUACCAAUGAGUUUGGUUUGUGUGGACGAUAAAGGCAUUGACAACUGCGGGGAUGGCAGCGAUUUAAUCGAUUACCCUGGUUGCAAUGGUCCUCUGGCUACAUCCAAGUCUCUACAGCCUCACGUUACACAACCUGCACCUGUGCUCAAAGUGCCGACACAGACCAUGUCCACUGUGAAGAACUGUGUCACUCCGAACGCUAUGCCCGAUCCAGACUCUGUGACCGAAUCCCAGCAGUCCAUUUCUUUGUUGGUGUUGUAUGUGAUUCUGGGCGUGACGGCUGGAGGGAUGCUGGUGUGUUGGUGCUGUUGGGCUCCUGGUUGGUUCCUGUGGCGCGUGAGCGUGUUUCGCUUCUUGCCCUGCUGUAACUCCUGCUGUGCGUCGUGCCAGCUCUGUGGGCGGAGCUGCUCUCAAAACAAGGACCACCGAUUGGCUAAAGUCACACCAGAGGGAGCGGCUACACCCGUGUCAUCUACAACCACAGUGGCGGUGUAA